AAUGUCAAUAAAUGCGGGAAAUUUUGAGCAAUUUGAACGUCGUCGGUCAUGAAAAUAUGUCAUCACAAACUGGACUUUCUGUUAAAACUGCUGAGAGAUUGAAUGGCUCCCUUCCUGUAGAUAUUACAGGUGCCCAGGUUCAACAAUAUCCAGAACUGGUUCAUCUACUGACAGAACUAUCACAGAGAAUUACUCCAGAUGGGGUCAGUCUCCACACCAAGCAGGAACUGGAACAAGCUGAAGAAGAAAUGAGGCAUGAGAGACACACCUGGUUACUGCAGCACAUUUUGUACAAAGAAAUUGAAGAAUUUCUGUUGGACACGGAGCUAAAUAGUCAGAAUGUUGCCCUGUCACCUGAUGACAAACAAUUUCAUACAAUGCUGCAGGAAUGUCUGACAUUGUCAGAGAUAGGGGAUUACUUGAGGUGUAGCCCUGACCCCAGCUGUAAGGUCAAUCUCCUAGGACUAACCGAGGAAAGCAUACAUAGUCAGAAUACCCACAGAAAGAACCUGCCUUACCUCCAACAAAAGUUGAUUCCCCAGAUCGAAGAACGCCUGGCUGCUAAAUGUGAAAAUUUACAGAACUACCAGGACACAGACAACAUUUUAGAUGGCAGUCCUAGCUUGGCAAAGUCUUCCCAGCUACCGGCUUUAAUGGAAGCACAGAAGCGAAAGUUAGAUGAGGACAAACAUCAGCUGGAGAGACUGCAUACUGCUAGAGAAAAACAAUUCCAGACUUACUAUCUUACUAUUCUGGAUUCCCUUAGUCUGUUGGAAGAGCUGAUCUCUAAGUAUAGACUUCAGAACCAAACAGAACAUGACACCAUUUCUGCUGAGUGGCUGAUGGGAAAAUGUGAUGGACUGUGUCUCAAAAUCAAGUUAAUUGAGCUUCAAAUUUUGUGUGAUACCUACACCGUUGAAACGACAAAAGCUCUGCAGCAAAUCAAGGAAACAUUACACAGUGCCAAAGUGGAAACAGACAAAAGUCAGACGUAUGUGACAAAAACUUUACAGGCCUACGAAUCGCUGGGGAGUGAGUUUGAUGAACUGGUCAUGGAGUACCAGAGACUAAAGGAGGAAACUGACAAUAAGGAAUGGGCGUUGUCAGAGCUACAGAAAAGUGAUAGCUAGCAUUGCUUGUGGCAGUUCUACUAUAGAUCUGUUUGGCAGGAUCAGUUCAAUGUUAGAUGUAACAUGUAGUAUUUGAUAUUGUUUCACUUCUGUUGUUGUUGUAUACAGCAAAGGAUUCAUAUAUUCACUUAUUGGUGUUACUUAAGUUAAGUCUUUUGUUUUGUAUUUGUGUGUUUGUCUCGGGCAGAUACCUUUUUGUCAAAAUCUUGUGGAAAACAAAAAAAAAACCAACACACAAACCUGUCUAAAGUUUGCUUUUGAAUGGCUUGGGGAUGUGUAUGUAAAACAGAGAAAAAGCAUGCUGUUGCUCUAUUUUGAAACAUAAAUCGUGCUAAAUUUAAUUUUCAUUUUAAAAGACAAAGGGUGGGAAUAUAAUUUCUUCAUUCAUUUGAAGAAUAUAUUCCUCCCUUCACCCCAUUAAAUGGUCUAUUAGGGCACUAUCCAGUCUAUUAACACAACAGUUGUCCAUGAAGAAAAUGUCCAUAGACUAUGUAUAUCACAGCUUUUCUUCUGAUAUUGCUUGUAGAGCUGUCUGCUUCAUCCAGUUGAAGGGAUGGUGUCAUCUGAUUCACUCUCAUCUAAAGGAAUUACAGAUUUUUGUAUUACUAAGGAACUUCUCAGAUAAACCUAGUAGUGUACAGUUACAAAUCAUUCGUCCUUGUAUAAAAUAUUAGAAGAAACCAAUUUCAGCUGUAGAUUAAAAUAAUGUGUGUCAUUUCAUAAUCACCCUUUCAUGAAAGGCAUAGCCUCUAAUCUGGAUUGUGUUUUAAAAUUUUAAAUAGUACUUGAAUAUAGCCUUUUUAGCUAUAUUCACAAGAUAGGCAUUGUACUAAACACAAUACAGGGACAUAACUCUGUCAUAGCAAUGAUGCUGGUUGUUUUGCUUGCUGAUCUGAAUGUUAGAAGACUUAGUGCUAUUGACAUAAGCCUGAUUAUUUUCUACUUUUGCUGUCUUAAAUCUAGGUCAGUGUUCAUAAAUGUUAUCAUUUAAUUUAAAUGUUACCCAAGUACCAAUAGGUCAAUACUCUCAGAUCGUAAAUUAAUCAACAUUGCUUUUAUUGUACAUUGAAAUGUUGCCCAUAUUUAACAAAAUAUUACAUUCAAUCUCAUUCUGUGCAUACAUUACAAAAUUGAUCGUUUAGAUCAGGUACUAGUAAAAAUGAUGAAGAUAUG